GAACAUAAAAAACCAUCUCUCUCUUUUCGCAUAAAGAAAGCGCAAACAUUUUGGCUUUCGAUCUCAUCUAUUGGCCGAUCGCCGGCUCCAUUUCUCGCACGCCAAUUCUCUCGUCUGACGGUUGAAAUCAGAAGCGGAUCACGAGCGGAGUCUCGGACAUCUGAGGAGGUAGAGGGGAAUAGUGAUGGCUAAUCGGGUGAAGGAGGAUGAGAAGAAUGAGAAGAUAAUUCGAGGGCUUCUGAAACUUCCUGCCAAUCGAAAGUGCAUCAAUUGCAACAAUUUGGGUCCCCAAUAUGUGUGCACAAAUUUCUGGACAUUUGUCUGUACAAACUGUAGUGGAAUACAUAGGGAGUUCACCCAUCGUGUUAAAUCCGUAUCUAUGGCUAAAUUUACUUCCCAGGAAGUUACUGCCCUCCAAGAAGGGGGGAAUGAGCGUGCGAGAGAAAUUUACUUUAAGGACUGGGACCCACAGCGCCACUCAUUUCCUGAUAGCAGUAAUAUUGAUAGGCUCAGGGAGUUCGUUAAGCAUGUUUAUGUUGACCGAAGAUAUUCUGGGGAGAGGCCUGGAGACAUGUCUCAAAGGUUGAAGGGUGAUAGGGACGAAAAUGAAAACAAAAGGGAAGAAUCAUAUAGAGGUGGUUCCAGAAGUCCACCAUAUGAAAGUGGUUAUAGUCCUAGUUUUGGUGGUAAAAAUGAGGAUAGGAGUUACAGAUCCAAUUAUGGAGGAAGAAGUCCUGGGUCUAACUUUGGAAGAAGAAGUCCUGGGUCUAACUUUGGAGGAAGAAAUCCUGGAUACAAUCAGGGUGAUAUCAAGAGAAGUCCAGCUUAUUUUGAGGUGGUAGAUGAUAGAGUUAAAGAUGACAAAUUUAGAAAUGGAAACCAAAACAGAAGGAUUGAAGAGCGUAGGUUGCCAGACAUGCCAAAGCCAGAUGUGAAAUCACCAGAUCAUCAGAAAGACAUUGGUAAGCUGAGUACUCCAAUGGUCCGUCCUGCGAGUGAUAUCUUGGGUGAUGAUGUACCACGACUUCAAGUUGGAAACACUCCUAAAUCAAAUGGAACCAGCAUACCUGAUGAUUCUGCUCAGACAAAGAGUUCUUUAUCUUCAAGCAGCAUAGGCUCUGCUGAUGCAAAUUCAGUGCAGAAGGGAGCAUAUAUAGAGAGUCUUAUAGAUUUUAGUGUGGAUUCUGAACCUACUGUUGCUGCAAACCUAGAACAGUCUGUGCCUCAACAAAAUACCUCUGUUGCUAGCAAUGGGGGGGACUGGGCAGCUUUUAAUUCUGGACAUCAGAGUGUGCCUCAAGUGGCUCCUAUUGCAAACCAAUUAGUAUCUGGUCUUGCCCAAUUAUCAGUUUCAGGGUCUGUGCCUUCAGGGAAUAAUUUAAUUUUGCCUUCUGGAAUUGUGUCCACAAAAGUUGGUGGUGGUGGGAGUCUGUCCACAGUAACAACACAGCAAGCAUUAUUUCCAUCCAUAAAUAACUCUGAUCAGUCAUCCAGUGCACCUAGAAUUGAAUCUUCAAACAACCUGGUAGAGAAAUUGAUGUCGUCACCUGCACCACAUGGGCAAGGAGGAUCUAUAACUGCUGGGUUUGCAAACCCUGGUGGACAUCUUCCUAGAGUUGCCACUAAAGCACCACAAGAUACAGUCACUGGAGUUUCUUCACAACCAUCAUCUGCAGGAAUUAUAUCUAGUGGAAGAAAAGAACUGCCAGAGGAUAUUUUUGCGUCACUUUAUCCAACUGCACCUUUAUCAGCUCCAAUUUGGCAAAGAGGGUUCUAUCCUGGAAUGGGGUAUAACAUGCAGUACCCUACCACUGCCAGUGUGGUGGUGCCUACAUUCACUCAAUCUCCAAAAUCUAUGAAUCCAUUUGAUAUUACCAGUGGUCCACUCCCAAUGGUGACGCCUCUCCAAGGAGAAGUAUCUAACAUGACUCCUCCAGGCUCCAUACCUCAAAGUUCUAGUUUUCAAUCCCCUUCCCCACAUUGGAUGGCAUCUCAACAAUCACCAUAUGCGUCCCAUAUGUUGCCAAGUCCAUUUGCAAUAUCUCAGUUUCCAAACAGCAUGACUCCACAGAUAGCCAAUGCCACGUUAUCUAUGGGAAAUCAACGUGUUUUAUCUGGCAGUAAUGGUAAUGGAACUACAUUUGGUACUUCAGAUCAAAAUCAACCUUUCAGUUACAACCAACCAAACACUCAUAAUUCCUUUGCCCCUGUUGGAAGCAACCCCUUUGGAUGAAUAUGAAUCCUGUAACUAUCACUUGCUAUUAAUUUUGGUAUCUUACCCAUUUGUUCCCUACUUGAGUCAGAAUCUCAUCAAGGACUUUCGAGUGAUGCAAUUAUGACCCGCUCAAACGACUACAGUCUUUUGACAACCCUGGUAAAGACAAAAUUCUAGCUCAUUGUGUGAAUAAAUUUGAGAACAAGAGCGAUUUGUUUCUCAUUUGAAGGAAGGUUUGUCAGGAAAUCUUCACAUCAAUUCUGUCUAGUGUAAAUCAGUGUUUAUUAUUUAAAAAUGGCUAUGCAUGUUUAGAUUUUUUUUUUCCCCA